AUGCUUUCUCAAUCUCGUCUCCUCCACAGAGCUAUCAGAAUUCAGAAUGCCCGUACUUAUGCUUCCAUCUCCUCUACCUCACCCCCUCCAAGUAUAAAUACAGUUGGGCCGUAUCAAGUCUUCGACCGCAAUGUGAAGCGAAUACAACGAGAUAAAUCUGCUCUUCGCGAUGGAGGUGAACGAAGUAGGACUGUGGACUAUGUUCGCAACGAAGUGGCUGAACGUAUGCUGGAUAGAUUUCUGGAUAUCAAACGCAACUUUGAUACAAUUCUAGACUUGGGUUCUGGUCCCGGGCACUUCUCCAAGCUGUUAGAAACCGAUAAAGUCCAAAAAUCAAUAAUGCUCGAUUCUAGCGAAGCAACUCUUCAGCGUGAUUCUGAUUCCGAAUUUGAAGUUAAAGUACAACGAAUCCAUGGAGACGAAGAGAAUCUUCUACAAUAUAUAUCUCCCAACUCCCAGGAAGCUAUCGUGUCUUGCCUCAGUCUUCAUUGGGUUAACGAUCUUCCGGGUACCCUCGUGCAGAUAAAGGAGGCAUUGAAGCCCGAUGGACUAUUUCUGGGAGCUAUGUUUGGGGGAGAUACGUUAUUCGAACUACGAACUUCUCUCCAGCUUGCAGAAACAGAACGCGAGGGAGGAAUCUCUCCCCAUGUGUCCCCAAUGACAGAUACUCGUGACAUAUCCAAUCUUCUUGGGCGGGCGGGAUUCACAAUGUUAACCGUGGAUAUUGACGAAGUAAAAGUGGGCUAUCCCACCAUGUGGGAACUGAUGGAAGACCUGCAGGACAUGGGUGAAAGCAACGCUGUUAUAGGAAGGCGCAAUGUGAUCCAUCGCGAUACUCUAACGGCCGCUUCGGCUAUAUACAAAGGCGCGUACACCAAUUAUUAUAAAUAUCCUUCCGCUUACGCUCCAGGGCUUUCUGCAUGUGCAGAGAUGCACGGUUCUGAGGACGGUACUAUCCCAGCUACUUUUCAGAUCAUCUACAUGAUCGGCUGGAAGCCUUCCCCCACUCAGCCAAAACCUCUAGAACGAGGCACUGGUAAAGUUAAUCUAAAGGAUGUCUUGUGA